AUGCAAUCCAGCCGUUCAAUUGAAGCUCAGGCUAAGUCAUGCCACAAAUGCAUUCAGUUGGCUUGUGAGAAAAUCAUGUCAGAACUUAAAACCAAAAAUGAACGGUAUAUAAAAUCAAGAGAAAUAUUGGUAACAUUAAAGGACAAGAAUGAUAUAAAGGUGGCAGCGAAUAAUUUCAUCUACGAGCAGUUUUAUUUUAAGGCAAUUGGCAUACUUUAUUCAUAUGCCAUGCCAUUACUGCCUAUCCUGGUUUUUGCAUUGCGGCGCUCUUCUUGCUUUAAAGAAUUAAUGCCAUCUGUGCUAAAUAUUGUAUAUUUUGCACCACUAUUACGCGAAAAAUAUCCAGAUAUGUUUACAGCAAGAACAAUCAUGCUAUCUCUGUGGAAAAAAUCGUUAAUGAAGGAUGGCACCGUUAUUGAGGAGGAUAAAAUAGAUAGUAAACUGAAAAUUUAUUUAGGGUAUCCAGAAUUAGACGACAACGAGGUAAUGGGUUAUGCCGACCUAAUGCUGAGAGACCAAAUUGGAGGUCAAGCAGAACAUUGGAUAGAAAAGUGGUGCGAAGAAUACGCUUUAAGGCAGAAGAAAAGUUUUAGCCAAAGAAAGGAGGUAUCGAUGGAAGUGAAAACAAAAGCGCUGCAUAAAAGCAAUGAGCACUGGGCUUACCCUAAAGUUCGGGGGAUUUUAAAGACAGACUUAAAGGGUCGAGCAUGGCUUGUAAACCAUUAUGGUGUAGUGUUGGUGAAUAUGAAAGACUCUAUUAGUUUAGCAGAUGGCGAUGUAAUUGUCGCUACGGUCGAAACAAAUGCUGACGGUCAAAAACGAGCCACUAUUCUUUCGCGGUCUUCAUGUUGUUUUUUUUGUUUAAAUCCUGUUUCGGUAAAUCUUGAUCCACACUUGACAUGCUCAGGAGACGGAGCUGAUUCGAGAGGUUCCCACUCUGAAAUAAAUGCAGAACUUAUACUGAACGAAGAAGUAGGGGAAGUAAGCACAGAUUCGUUUGAGGAUCAAAUAGAUAUCAAUCAAACAAGUACAACAACGUCAAAAUCGAAUUCUGAUUUUGAAGGUGAGCUUGAAUGGGAUGAUAGAAAGGGAUAUGGAUUUGUUGUCCAUCCUACUAUUCCAUGGGUCAUUGGAGUUAUCCCAGCGGAACAAGUUACACCAGAAAAAAUUGGGAAAAAUGUUUAUGUUUACAUCGUUGGGUCAAAAACGCCAAAAGAUGGAAAACUGUAUUGCACACUCAAUCCUCACCUACAUAAUGCAAUAUAAACUGAUUUUGUAAAGACAUACUUUAUUUUGCUAUAUAUGUUAUCUAUACAGAACGUUA